UGUGAUUUUAACCUUAAAUUUGACUUGGUACAUAGAAAACACUAAUGGAAAGAACAUUUUAGUAGAUUACAAAUUUAUUUUAACAUAGUGAAACGAAGCUAUUCAUUUAAGUUAGAGAAUCAGUAGCAUAAUUAGAUAAAAUAGGCCUGAUUAACAAAAUGUAUGACUCACCUGGCUCACUUCAAGAUGUAUGUGUUGACUUUAUUUGUGAAAAUCUGGGCUCUUUAUGUGAAGUAACCUCAUCAACUGUAGCUGUAGCUACAAGUAGGCUUGAAUCAUCACCUGUAGACAAAAGUGUUGACGAACAAAGACAAAAUGCAAGAGUUCCAACAAAUGGAAUUAGGGUAGUUUUUAAGGGCAGUGAAAUAUUUUUACACACCGAAAUAGCAGAACAACUACUUACUGCAUUGUGUGCCAAAAAGAAACUCUGUGAUCAAGUUAUGUCUCUUUUUGAUGUUAGUACUACAAGAUUAAGGAGAGUUUGCUUAUCGGAUGCUAGUCAACUGACUUUACGUGGGCUUAAAGUUUUAAGAGCCCACAAAAUAACCGACCUAGAGACACAAGGAUUGAAAGUGACUGUCAAUGACCUCAUCGGCUGUUUAGGAGAGUGGACACUGCAGAACCUACGCUCCCUGAACGUAGCACACAGUGCAUUUAUGGAUGGACCAAAAUACUGUGUUGUUGUUGCGCUCGCCAAGUUACAAGCCCUGCAGACCUUGAAUGUGAGCAACACUGACUUCAACCGUCAUGGACUAGAGAUUGUAGCUUCCGAUCUACCUCAGCUGGAAAACCUGGACAUCUCAAACACUAGGGUUGAUGAUAUAACACCUUUGAAAAAGCUCAAACACAGGCUUAAAUCCUUGGCCAUGUAUAAUCUAAAGUAUAUCUUAGUUGCAUCCAAAGAGGAGGUAGUGGCUGAAAUGACUGAGCUUCAAACCCUAGACAUGUCGGAAGAUCGAGACAACCACCCUUUUGAAAUGUUUGUCUCCAUUGCGUCCAAGACGAAUGAAUUUUUAAACAAGGAAAGAGUUUUGGAUAAGUUAACAUCACUGGAUAUUUCAGGAAAGGAUGAAAUCGGUCGUAAAGAGUUGAAAGGAUUCGUCAGACGUCAUCCCCACUUGAGGUUCCUCGGACUUGUGCAUUCCGAGGCUUGCUACGAUGAUUGCUUCAUCAACCCUCGAAAUCCCGAGUACAACCCCAACCUUCAGGUUGCUGGGACUGCGACAGAAGAACAGAUAAUCUUGGCAUUGAGACGCUACUAUCACCGUCCACUGUAUGUCCAGAAGUGUUUGUAUAACCUAUUUAGACUCACUCCUACUUUCUCGGACACCAGGGUUGACAUUAUAAAGUUAGUUUUGCCUGGGAUGAAGUUACACCCGCAGUCUUUCGGAGUGCAAAUGGCCGCCACAGCCUGUCUUUACAACCUGACCAAGGGGGACUUGGCCGCUAGGAUACACCCUGCCGUGUUGGCUAAGGUGGUAGAACUAUCUCUGGUUGCCAUGGAGAACUUCCCUAACCACUACCAGCUGCAGAAGAAUACCCUGCUUACUCUGUGCAGUGACAGGAUCCUACAGGAUGUCCCGAUAGAGAAGUACCGCUGUGCUCGGCUGGUGCUAGACUCUCUCUGCGCAUUCGAGGACCCGUCCAUGAACAGGAUGAGCGUAGCUAUCUGUAGCAUUCUAGCCGCUAAGAUCUCGACCUGUGAGACGUCUAGGCUGGGCAGCCGACAGCCGUACAUGAGGAAGCUACUGAGUCUUGUCCGAGGCAAGAUGGAGACUAAGACGGUAGACAUCACCAUGAAGUUUACCCUCAGUGCUUUGUGGAACCUCACAGAUGAGUCUCCGACGACGUGUAUAAUGUUCCUCAACGAGGGAGGCUUGGACCUGUUCCUGGGAGUGCUUGUGGCGUUCCCAGGAGAAGCAACGGUGGAGACUAAGGUGCUCGGGCUGAUCAACAACAUCGCGGAAGUGCCUGAACUGAGGACUUAUCUGCUCAAGGCUGCGUUCAUCGAUCUUCUCAGGAACCUGCUCCACUCGUCCCAGAUAGACGUGAGCUACUUUGCCGCAGGGAUCAUGGCACAUUUGGCGUCACAGGGGAAGAAAGCGUGGCAGGACAGUGGAGCAGAGCUGUCGUGGCAGGACGCCCUGUGUGACCUUGGGGCCGUGGUCGCCGCGUGGCAGCCGCCCGAGGGUGAGAUGGUGGCGUACAGGUCGUUCCAUCCGUUCUUGUCUCUGCUGCAGUGCUACGACGCUCCUCAAGUGCAGCUGUGGGCGGUGUGGGCGAUACACCACGUGUGCACUAAGAAUGCCUCAAGAUACUGCCCAAUGCUGGAAGCGGACCAGGGCAGCCAACUGUUGCGACAGAUGUACAGUUGUACCAACAUCGACCCUCGAGUCAAGGACAUUUGUGCAGACAUUCUCAGUUUACUGAGGCAUAACAGUGGAACAACCGUCUGUGAAAGCUCACCAUGACAGAAACACCAAAGUGAACCUAACCUAAAAGCUGACCAUAUAAAUAUUUCAUAGAUUAUGUUAUUGUAAAAAUCUGACUAUAUGAAAUCAUCUUUACAAAUUAUUUAUUUUGUAUGUAGUUGUAUAUUAUUGUUAUUUUUUGUGUAUAUCUAUAUAUAAAAGUUGUACAAUUAUUAA